AUGGGCAUGUUGUCAAAAUUCAAUGGGAGUUGCGAAGCGUGGUUUGAUGAACAUACUAACAGAAAAUCACAAGUGAAUUUUUGGAAGGACGUUGAAUACAGGAUGACUGAUAUUAUGCGUGUGCUUACAGAGAAUCCUAUAAACAGCAAGAUGACUGAAUGGAUCACUAUGGCAGAAAAUUGGGUGAUGAGGGAAAGUUCAGUUACAUGUUUGUUUGCCUUUCAUGAAGCUCGUUCCCUGGCUGAUAAGAAAGUGCAACAACAGCAUUUGUUGACAGUUCAACUUGCUAAGGUUAAGACAAGCGAAACACGUCAAAUUAAUGCAUGCAAACGUCAAAUCGAAGCAGUGCUGAAAAGUUACCAAAUAGAUGAUGGCAAAACACGAAGUGACUUUAUCAAGAAGAUUAGAAUCGAUGGCAAUAAAGAUGACGUUUCUGAUGCUGAAAUCACGGCGUUCCGAGGUGCCGCUUGCAUUAUUCGGAUUGUCUUCGAACGUUUAGAACAGUCUAUGCCGGUCUCUGCGACUUUAUCUUCGACCACCACUAGGAAUCUCACAAGUAACUGUUGA